ACAACCACAGCGGCUCCAACAACAACCACAGCUGCUCCAACCACAACUACAGCUGUGCCAACCACAACCACAGCUGCAUCAACUACAACCACAGCGGCUCCAACCACAACCACAGCCGCUCCACCCACAACAACAUCUGUAACAACCACAACCACAGCAGCUCCAACCACAACCACAAAAGCUCCAACCACAACCACAGUUGCUCCAACUACAACAACGGCUGCUCCAACUACAACCACAGCUUCUCCAACUACAACCACAGCGGCUCCAACCACAACCACAACAGCUCCAACCACUACAACAGCUGCUCCAACCACAACAACAGCUACUCCAACCACAACGGCUAAAACCACAACCACAGCUGUGCCAACCACAACCACAGCUGCUCCAACCACAACCACAGCGGCUCCAACCACAACAACAGUUGCUCCAACCACAACCACAGUGGCCCCAACCACAACAACAGUUGCUCCAACCACAACCACAGCUGCUUCAACUACAACCACAGUGCCUCCAACCACAACCACAGAAGCUCCAACUACAACCACAGCUUCUCCAACCACAACCACAACAGCUCCAACCACUACAACAGCUGCUCCAACCACAACAACAGCUACUCCAACCACAGCAGCUAAAACCACAACAGCGGCUACAACCACAACAACAACAGCUCCAACCACAAAAACAGCUGCUCCAACCACAACCACAAUGGCUCCGACCACAACCACAGCUGCUCCAACCACAACUACAGCUGCUCCAACUACAAGAACAGCGGCUCACACC